AUGUAUAUGAGAUCCCCAUCCAACGGCCGGCCUCCAAGCGGUGGGGGUGGAGCUGGAGCAGCAGCUGGUUCAGCAGGAGACGACGACUUCGCCUUCUACUUCUCUUUCCUCCAGGACACCGCCGCCGCCUCAGUGACGUCGCCGCUCGCCUUCGCCCUCGACGACCCCAACGCCAACGCCGCAGGGAUGACCAACGGCCGGCGCCGGAAGCAGCGCGGAGCAGCAGACGGCGGCGGAGCGGCUGGGGAAGAUGAGGAGGAGGAGGUCAAAAAGGAGGGCAAGAAGCGGUCCAUCGCCAAACUGCUGACCUCGCUGGCGGCGCUGGAGGCGGAGGAGCACGCGGACCGCGCGGGCGCCGCGGACGCGUCCAGGCGGGAGCUGGCGCUGCUGGAGUCCAACGCCGACACCAGGUCGCAGGCCAUGAUGGACUACUACGCCAAGAUGGAGAGCAGCUUCGACGCCACCGCCGAGUCCGAGGCCGCCGCCAGGUCCAAGCGCUCCAGGCUCGCCGCGUCGGCCGCCGCCGCGGCCGUCGUGGCCGGGGAGGAGGCGGCGGCGUCCUCCGCGUCGGGCUCGCCGAGUCGCGCCGCCGGGCAGGGACAGGGUCAGGGCCGCCACCAGCGUCGGCUGUGGGUCAAGGACCGGUCCCACGCGUGGUGGGACCAGUGCAACAGCGCCGACUACCCGGAGGAGGAGUUCCGGCGCGCCUUCCGGAUGGGGCGGGAGACGUUCGACAUGAUCUGCGACGCGCUGGGCUCCUCGGUGGCCAAGGAGGACACCAUGCUCCGCGCCGCCAUCCCCGUCCGCCAGCGCGUCGCCGUCUGCAUCUGGCGCCUGGCCACGGGGGAGCCGCUCCGCCUGGUGUCCAAGCGCUUCGGCCUCGGCAUCUCCACCUGCCACAAGCUGGUCCUGGAGGUGUGCGCCGCCAUCAAGUCGGUGCUGAUGCCGCGCUUCCUGCAGUGGCCCGACGAGUCCGCGGCGGCGCGGUUCAAGGAGACCUUCGAGCGCAGCUCGGGUGUCCCCGGCGUGAUCGGCGCCAUGUACACCACCCACAUCCCCAUCAUCGCGCCCAAGAUCUCGGUGGCCGCCUACUUCAACCGGCGGCACACGGAGCGGAACCAGAAGACGUCCUACUCCAUCACGCUCCAGGGCGUGGUGGGGCCCGACGGCGCCUUCACGGACGUGUGCAUCGGCUGGCCGGGUUCUAUGCCCGACGACCAGGUCCUGGAGAAGUCGAUGCUCCACCAGCGCGCCGCGGCCGGGAUGAUGCACGAGUCGUGGCUGGUGGGCGGCGCCAGCUACCCGCUCAUGGACUGGGUGCUGGUGCCGUACACGCACCCCAACCUGACGUGGACGCAGCACGGGUUCAACGAGAAGGUGUGCGAGCUCCGGCGCGUGGCGGUGGAGGCGUUCGCGCGGCUCAAGGCCCGGUGGGCGUGCCUGCAGAAGCGCACCGAGGUGAAGCUGCAGGACCUCCCCGUGGUGCUGGGCGCCUGCUGCGUGCUCCACAACAUCUGCGAGCUGCGGGGCGAGGAGGUGGACCCGGCCAUCCGCUGCGAGCUGGUCGACGACGAGACCACGCCGGAGAACCCCUUGCGGUCGGAGACGGCCAAGCGCGCCAGGGACAACAUCGCGCACAACCUGCUCCACCGCGGCUUCGGCGGAACCACAUUCUUCUGA